GAAUCGAUUGCAGUUGUACACGUUCUAGACGUUGGCGGUAGUAAAUCUCUGAAUGAAAUUUGUUGGCAGUCAUUUAACUUGUUGGUGCCAAAAUUAGAGAAUAGAUCCUUGAGACAGCCAUCUCAGUUUCAAGUCACGCUGUCUCAAGUAUUUGGUAUUGUAAAAACAAAAAUGAGUAGUACUAGUAGCAAUCGUAGUGAUACGGCUGUUGAAUGGAAUCAGAAAUUAACGGAUGCUGAACCGAAGGUGAAUAUGUUGCACGUUGCAGAAUGUAUGAGUGGCAUACAGAGCCCACUCUUACUUGUUGUUUCUUCCAAAUUUUUGCAAGAAAAUGGUGGUAACCCUGACGUUCUAAACAGUAUACUACAAGAAUGGAUGAACGGCUUACAGCAGUUGGAUUUACACGUAGUAAUUGCAGAUGAGACAAGUGGAGACCUAAGGGGUGAUGAAAAUGAGGCCAAUACAAUUACAAAGCUGCUUGCAACGUGCUUGAAAAUGUACAGGUACAAGUUGUGGUACUGGAAGGCAUCACAACACACUUUCUUGACAAAGCUGAGCUGCAAGAAUGAAAACAUUUUCUCUGCAUUAAAAUUUUCUGCAAUCGAUUGUGCAAAAGACGAUACCCUAUUGUUGCAAAAUUUUGAGAAAAUUAUCUUUGAGGCAAAGCAGGCGGGUGCACGCACUUUGUCUUUACAAACGGUUGUUGAACGUCUUGGUAGCUCAACGAUAGACAAACACAGUUUGUCACAAUUGAUCAGUCAAUUGGAACACAAAGGUCUUAUUUUGAGACGAUCAUUUGUGAGGUCAGGGUUAUAUUGA